AUGUCUUACCAAGAGCAGCAGUGCAAGCAGCCCUGCCAGCCUCCUCCUGUGUGCCCACCCACAAAGUGUCCUGAGCCUUGUCCUCCUCCAAAGUGUCCUGAGCCUUGUCCUCCCCCAAAGUGCCCUGAGCCUUGUCCUCCCCCAAAGUGCCCAGAGCCUUGUCCUCAUCCACAGUGCCCAGAGCCAUGCCAGCAGAAAUGCCCUCCUGUGCAACCUCCUUCACCCUGCCAGCAGAAGUGCCCACCCAAGAGCAAGUGA